CAGGCUGCGCACACUUCAGCACCGUUGGGCAGAAGGGAAGCCCUACAGAGGGUAGCACACACAGCUGGAGGGAGAACACAGGGCGUUGCACUGCUGACAGAGAAGCCAGGAUGGACCUGACUUCAGUUCUCUCGCUGGAAACCUGGGUCCUCCUGGCAAUCAGUCUGGUGCUCCUAUACCGAUAUGGGACCCAUAAACAUGACAUUUUUAAGAAACAGGGAAUUCCAGGGCCCAAACCUCUGCCAUUUGUAGGAACUCUGCUGAAUUACUACAAGGGUAUGUGGAAAUUUGACAUUGAGUGCUAUAAAAAGUAUGGGAAAAUAUGGGGAUUAUCUUGGGAACCAGACACACCAAUAUACAAGAGACUUUGGCCUGACCCAAUACCUAUCUGUGAACACAGAAAGCCAACCCAGAGAAGGAUGCCCACCAUCCAUCCUACAGAAGCAGGAGGGCCUGAGCACCUGAAGAGGUUUUUUGAUGGUCAUACACCUGUGUUAGCUAUCACAGACACAGAGAUGAUCAAGAAUGUACUAGUGAAAGAAUGCUAUUCUGUCUUCACAAACAGACAGGAUUUUGGUCCUUUGGGGUUUAUGUGUAAAGCCAUCACCAUGGCUAAGGAUGAGGAGUGGAAGAGAAUUCGAGCCUUGCUGUCUCCUGCCUUCACUAGUGGAAAACUCAAAGAGAUGUUCCCCAUCGUUGAACAGUAUGGAGAUAUUUUGGUAAAAUAUUUGAGAAGAGAGGCAGAGAAAGGCAAGCCUAUCCCCAUGAAAGAAGUGUUUGGGGCCUACAGCAUGGAUGUGAUCACAAGCACGUCAUUUGGUGUGAAUGUUGAUUCCCUCAACAACCCAAAGGACCCUUUUGUGGAAAAGGCCAGGAAGCUAAUAAGAUUCGAUUUUUUUAACCCAAUAGCCAUGUCAGUAGUACUCUUUCCAUUCCUCACCCCAAUAUAUGAGAAGUUAAAUGUCUCCAUAUUCCCAAAGGAUGCAAUAGCAUUUUUCAAAAAUUUCAUGGACAGAAUGAAGGAAAAUCGCCUGGAUUCUAAACAGAAGCACCGAGUGGAUUUUCAUCAGCUGAUGAUGAAUGCUCAUAACAAUUGCAAAGACAAAGAGUCUCAUAAAGCUCUAUCUGACAUGGAGAUUACAGCCCAGUCAAUUAUCUUUAUUUUGGGUGGCUAUGAAUCCACCAGCAGCACGAUUUCUUUCGCCCUGUAUUUACUGGCCACUCACCCUGAUAUCCAGAAGACACUGCAGGAGGAGAUCGAUGGGGCUCUGCCCAAUAAGGAAUCUCCCACCUAUGAUAAAGUGAUGGAGAUGGAGUACCUCGACAUGGUGUUGAGUGAAACCCUCAGAUUAUACCCAAAUGCUAACAGAAUUUAUCGGGCCUGUAAACAAGAUGUUGAAAUUGAUGGUGUGUUUAUUCUCAAAGGAUUCUUAGUGAUGGUACCAAUUUAUGCUCUUCACCAUGACCCAGAGUACUGGCCAGAGCCUGAGGAAUUCCGCCCUGAAAGGUUCAGCAAGGAGAACAAGGGCAACAUCAAUCCUUAUGUAUACCUUCCCUUUGGUAAUGGACCCAGGAACUGCAUUGGCAUGAGGUUUGCUCUCAUGAACUUGAAACUUGCUCUCACUAAAGUGCUGCAGAACUUCUCCUUCCAACCUUGUAAAGAAACACAGAUACCAAUGAAAUUAAACAAAAAACUACUUCUUCAACCAGCAAAACCCAUUGUUCUAAAGGUUAUACCACGGGAUGCGAUCGUAACUGGAGUGUGACUUUCCCUCAAAGACUUCCACUGUGUUCUUCAAGAAGGUGAUAUGUAAGAACAUUGGAAUCUUUAAUUUACUUCAUGAAUAAAACCCAGAUGAAAAUGUG